AUGGAGGUCCUGGACAACAUGUUUGAGGAAGGGAUGGCGUUGGAGGGAUCAGCCAGCACAGAAGCCAUUACAAACGGCAGCCUACAUGGCGUUGCAAACAUCACCAACAUCACCAACAUCACCUUUUUCCCGUACUAUCAACACUCCCUGUAUGUGGCCGCGAGCUACAUCCUGGCCUACUUCUUCAUCUUCCUGCUGUGCAUGGUGGGAAACAUCCUGGUGUGUUUCAUCGUGUUGGAAAACCGUUGUAUGCGCACAGUCACCAAUCUCUUCAUCCUCAAUCUGGCCAUCAGCGACCUAUUGGUGGGGAUCUUCUGCAUCCCUACAACUCUGGUGGACAACCUCAUCACAGGUUGGCCUUUUUCCAACUCUGUGUGCAAGAUGAGCGGGUUUGUGCAAGGAGUGUCUGUGUCUGCUUCAGUCUUCACCCUAGUGGCCAUAGCCGUUGAAAGGUUUCGCUGUAUAGUGUACCCUCUACAACCCAAGCCGACUAUACUUGUUGCGAAGGGAGCCAUCGUGUUUAUCUGGCUGCUAGCGGUGGUUAUCAUGUGUCCUGCUGCUGUGGCUCUGACUGUGGACAAAGUUCCUUUCCACUACAUGGUGCACAAUAAUGAUUUCAACCAAACGUUCCCCCUGUACACCUGCUAUGAAAACUUUGCCAACCCUCAGAGGAGAAGGGUUUACACGGCGGUUCUGUUUGCCCACAUCUACCUAGUGCCGCUCACCGUCAUCACGCUGAUGUAUGGAAGUAUCGGAAGCAAGUUGGGGUCCUCUGUGAUUGCAAACAGAGAACCACAGCUGGCCAACGCCACGGUGCAGGCUGGUGGCAGAAGGGGGGGCCAGCCGAUGAUUUCCCAGAAAAAGAUCAAGGUGAUAAAAAUGCUCAUACUGGUGGCUCUGCUCUUCAUGCUGUCCUGGCUGCCACUGUGGACCCUCAUGAUGAUGACUGACUACGCAGGCUUGGACAGGGACCAGUUGGACCUUCUGACCAGCUACAUCUUUCCCUUCGCCCACUGGCUGGCUUUCUCGAACUCCAGCGUCAACCCUAUCAUCUAUGGCUACUACAAUGAGAACUUUAAGAAGGGUUUCCAGGCUGUUUGCAAGUCUCGACCCUUCUGUUGCCUCAUCCAGUGCCAGCUGUGGAGCAGGGUGGCCAGGUGGGGUAGGAAAGACCAGUCCGUGCAAGCACAUUGUAGAGGGACUGAUUUCAGAGAUGCCACCAGCAAUCACAACCGUCUAGUCUUGGGAGUGAGAAAUCGAGUCCAUAACGUCAACCAGCUGACUGAAUCAGCAGAGGUGGAUAAGAGUGUGAAGGUAGGGUGUGUGCUGGUCCACUCAGAAAGAAGGCUUUCAGACGGAGGCUUAGAAAUGGCGGCAGUACAUAAUAAAGGCAGCAAUAGUGAGGAGGCAGAGCGGGCAAGUCCACAGGCAGCUUCAGUGUAUCAGGCGUGGGACAUCUGA